AAUGUAAACAUUGGGAUUUUAAGUAAGUUCUAAUUUUGUUUUUAUAAAGAGAAACUAGUUCUUAUUUUAUUGCAAUUUGAUGUCACAAAGAGUAAAACUUUAUAAAGUUACCUAUUUUUGGCUAAACGUUUCACAAAAAUUGUAGCUCUUUUUGGUUUUUAUAGUGUCUUUCUUUCUUUGUCUGGUUAUAACAUUAAAAUGAAUUUCACAGAUCACACAAAUGUCAAAUGUCUUAAAAAUAUAUACUGUAUUAGAUGAAGGAAUCAAAUGAUUUUUUGAUUUUUAUUGACAUGAUUUAAAAAGUGAUUUAUAUGUUUAAAAAACUGAUUGGUCAUUGUUGUAUCACCUUUUCUUUUUGUUUAUUUAAUUCUGAGAUCCUGCAUCAGCCAAAGUACCUGUACUUGAGUUUACAGGCGUGAAACCCCCUCCUGCCUACAUGUCUGAGCUUGACUGCCGUUAAAGUUGCUCUACAGAAUCAUCGCGACACAGAAACAGAUUGAUUCUCAAGAAGACAUUAGUCUCGUGUUGGAGAAAUGGAAUCGCAGAGGCAGUGGCGGUGUCACCCUGGAGGGAAGGAAGCGCCCCAGGGACAGGGGAGGAGCAGACCCCCAUCUAUCAGAAUCCUAUCCUUGACCUCACAACACCAGCAAAUACAUCAGACAACACUUCAAACACAUUCUGACACAUCCGGCCAGCUUGCGUCCGAACUUCCAAGCCUUUUCCUGGUUUAAAAGUUUGAAUUGACCCUAUUUACAUGAAAAACUCAUUUAAGGGGACAAACAGAAGCCCUGUGGUGCCUGUUUGUGACAUUAAAGUAACCGAAAAGGAAAACAGUCUGUAACAUUCAGCCAACAUUUGACCUUUUUCUGGGAUUAAAUAACAUGUGCAUGUGAAAAAAUAAUUUUACAAACCAUGCCACAUUCUUUAGUUCUUAUUUCAUCAGCUUUGAACAUGGCCUCUCUUUUUCGUCUUGAACUUCUUACAUUAUCCCCCUUAAAUGCCACUUUAGCUGGUCCUGACGUUUAAAAUUUAUGAUGACCUCGAGCGCAGACGUUUGGAGACAGUCUGGUCUGGUUUCUGAUUGGUCAUCAGAUGCUCAGCGGCACUUCAAAGUCACGAAGAAGCUACAACUACCAAAGGAGUGAGACAGGAGGCACACUGAUUGCAUGCAGUCCCCGAGAGUGCGCACAAAGGACACACAAACACACUUCCACCGUUUGCUGCAUCACUAGACAGUACAUGGCUGCUCUGCUGGGGGAAGAACCGCGGGCGAGCAGUAGUAAUCCGCUGGCCAUGCUGGCUGCCACCUGCAGCAGAAUCGGUGAGCCCACGCUUUCUUACGCUCCUUCUCCUUCAGAUGAAGCUCCGGGACUCAGCAAAGGGUUCUACCCGUGGAAGGGACAUGUUCAAGGCAACAGCUUUUUCAAUACCUGCCCCACCUCACUCGGAGUUUCUUCUGGGACCUCCAGGAGUAAUGGCAUGACAGAGACCUCCGCUUUCUCGGUGACAGCUACCUCCUCUUCAUGCAACGACUUUUCCAUGUACCAAACCCCCGUGCCGCCUUCAGACAGCGUGCUUGAAUCGGCGCACGCUCAGCGCACAAUGUUUCUGACCAAAUUUCCCUCCCACGCGGAGAGCAUAACUGGAAUAUAUCAAAGGAUGCAUCCAUAUGAUUCGUGGUUGAAACCUGUUGGAGAGAGCGUCUCUUCAGCUUGGUGGGACAUGGGGCCCACCUGGGUGGACCCACCGAACCCAGCCGGGUUAUCGUCCCCUCUGAGCGGAUACAGCAGCGACUACAGCUCUGCCUUCAGCCCCAGCGCUCCUCAGCACCUGCUGCCCGCCGCGCAACACCUGUUCGACGACUUCAGGACACCUGUCCCAUCCCCUUACUCGGAGCCUGCAGCAGCGGCAGCCCCGGCUCUGACAGCAAGCCCGAUGGUUUCUUUGCCUGCAAACUCUCGACUCUCCUCUCGGAGGCACUCCGGUAAGGCCACGUGCGACUGCCCCAACUGUCAGGAGGCAGACAGACUUGGACAGGGGGGCUCGAGUCCUCGACGGAGGGGAGUGCACAGCUGCCACAUCCCCGGCUGCGGUAAAGUCUACGGAAAGACUUCCCACCUGAAGGCCCACCUUCGCUGGCACACUGGGGAGCGACCGUUUGUCUGCAACUGGCUUUUCUGCGGGAAACGCUUCACGCGCUCCGACGAGCUCCAGCGGCACCUGCGCACGCACACCGGAGAGAAGCGCUUUGAAUGCUCCGUGUGCCACAAACGGUUCAUGCGCUCCGACCACCUCAACAAGCACGUCAGGACGCACACGGCGGAAGGCUCGGAGGAUGGCGGGGAACCGGGACUGAAGAGCGUCAACAGCGACACGGACAUCAGCGGCUCCGGGAGCCCGAGCCAGUCUCCGGGAGCGCACGAGAACGAGCGCGCGCAGGGAUCCGAGACACAAAGAGCAGGGGAAUAAUUGCAGAUCAUACUGGGAACUUCAUAAAAACAUUGCUCUAUUUGGAUUUUUUUAAAGCAAUUACAAACGGCACUUUAAAGCUAGUUUCAUUUUAGUCUGUGAACACUGCCUUCUUAUACCUCAUUUGUAAUUUGAAGCUUUUUGGAGAGUCUUGUUAAAAUAAACAAUACAGUUGAAACUAA